UUACACCAAAAAGAUCUGCAGUAUGCACUAUCUGCAGUAUUUAAUAAACUAUGGUGCGGUGUAGGGGAUUAGUAUCAAUAAGAAAAAGUGCCGUUUUGUCUUGUUAAUUGUUUGUUAUUGAUGCCGAAUGGUAUUCAUGUCAAGGAUAAAAAGUAUUGAAAUAUACAAUGGUUCGAAGAAGUGAAGUCUUCGGUAUAUCGAUAGUUGCGGUAGUAUGUCUUCUUCUAAUAGUGUUUAGCCAAAAAGAUCUUAAUAACUAUCAGCGCUCUCACAGGUACCAGCAGUAUAUCGAGCUAGACGAUAGUUUCAAAUACUCAAACACUAACAACACCUACACUAUACGAUCCAUUGACGAUGUGAUUUCUAUCGAAAGAAACUUGUUGUCGAAAGAAUUAUCCAGGUACGAGUUUCCUGAAGAUACAAACCUUGAUGAUUAUACACUUUCCACAGGAGGUAGGCCGAUUCGAACGAUUAUCAUAACAACCUGGCGGUCCGGCUCUACUUUCCUUGGAGACAUACUCAACGCUGUCCCCGGUAACUACUACCACUACGAGCCGCUUCUAGACUACGGCAUAGUCCAGAUUAGAGGCCCUCCUGACGCUAAACCAGCUCUGGAGACCCUCAAAAGCUUAUUGAACUGUGAUUAUAGUAAUUUGUACAACUACCUAAACUUUGGGUUGUCCCAUGUUUAUUUGUUCACCCAUAACACUAGGUUGUGGGACCAGUGCGAGAUUUAUCCAACAUAUUGCUGGAAUGCCACAUUUUUAAACAAGUUUUGUAAACUGUUCCCAUUUCAAAGUAUGAAAAGUGUGAGACUGAGGUUGGCACUUGCUGAGAAACUUCUACAAGACGAAGAUUUAAAUGUUAAAGUAAUUUUACUAGUACGCGAUCCUCGCGGCACGAUGCAGUCCCGCAAACACAGAGACUGGUGCCCGGGCAUGCCUGACUGUGAUCAACCCUACAAUUUGUGCAGGGAUUUAGUGUCUGACUAUAAGGCAGCUGGUCCGCUUUUGCAGAUCUAUCCAGAUAGAUUCAGGGUUUUGCGAUACGAAGACCUGUCGUUGGACCCCAACGAAAUCGCCAGAGACCUGUUCGAUUUUCUAGGUCUCCAUUUUCAUAGGAAUGUCGAAAAGUUCCUGGCGACGCAUACGCGGUUCAAUAUUGGUGGCGUUUCGAGCACGUUUCGAGAUUCUAAGAGCACGCCCUUCCACUGGAAGGCGGAUCUCAACUACACCGAGGUGCAAAACAUCGAAGAAAACUGCGAGGAAGCGAUGAGGCUGUGGGGCUACAACAGGGCCAAGAAUGUAUCCGAUAUGAAAGAAUUUAAUCCUUUGACGACGUAUCGGGUUCUCUGAGGUGAGGUUUUUGUAUCAAUUUUGUAAGUUGUUAACGUUCCGAACGGUCUUUAAUUAGAUUUUACUUUAGACGUGUUAUUGGAAAUAGUUUUUCUAUGGACGAAAAAAAAAUCGUGCUGUCAACAUUCUGUUAUCGGUAGUUUCUUUGGGAGAGAAUAAAUAAGGUAGAUGUAAUGGGAGAAUCAAUUACAUCAAUAAAUUAUAGUUUGAGUUGUUUCAACAACAAAGAAACAUAUUGCAAUUUGAAAUGAACGUUUUUUCGAUAAUUUAACCAAUUGCUUUAUGUGACAAGUCUAGAUUAUAAUCUAAUUUAAGAUGGUGUCGGGUUAGAGAUCAAAGAUGAGUUUAAAAUUUUAUUGGACGGUAGUUUAAUGCUAGGAAGUGAAGAAGUGCU